AUGAGCAACGACGAGGUUCCCGAUUAUCCGCCGCCACCGGUGCCGAGCUCAUCGCCGCCGCCGCCGGAAAUCGGCGGCAUGGUGCCCCCGCCAAUUCCAGUACCAAAAACAGAACGACCACCGAAUGUUCCAGAUGAUAAUUUGAUCACAAGGCGCAAAAAUAUUACAAAAGGAAUUGAAGAGAUUCGCACGAAGAAGGCCGAGAUAUCGAAAGCGUUGAAGGAAGUGAGCUCAAAAAAAGAUGAGGUUAAAAGAAUCAGAAAAGUGAUGAUGAAGCAACUUAUUGAUGCUUUUGACGUUCUUUCAACCCAAGAAACACAAUAUUUGGAUAUUUUGAAAACGAUUGUGAAUAUUCAUGAGCAGGCGACAUUGGACGUCGCCAAUGAAUAUGACGAGAAGAUCAAAAUCGAUGAGCAGGCUUUGAAGAAUAUCAAAAGCAAAAUUGAUCAGAAGAAGGAUGAAGCGAAUGCCGAGCCGGCGAAUGAUGAAGAUAUGGAUGAGCUUCAUCAAGCACUUUCGGAGCUCAAAAAAGUGUCGGAAGCGGCGAUUGCUGCUAGCGAAUUGAAUGAGAAGCUCGUCGAGCGCCUUCAAAUGCAGAAAAAGAAGAAAAAUGCCAUGAUGGAACUUCGCCAGAAAAAAACCAAAGAGCUUGAAGAGGAAGCUUCAAGAGUUCGAAAAGAAGUCAUGGAACGCAUUAAUAAAUUGUCUGCUAUGAAGAAAACCACUGUUCAACAAGAGCGCGAGCUCGAGAAUCUCAGGAGGCAAUGCUUGCACCUUGGUCUUCAAGUUGGAGCCACAAACGAUCAACAGAUUGAUGAAAGCGCAAUUCGAGCGGUUUCGGACGAUUCGCAACGCGUGCCGGAAGUCGCCCAAUCGCAUAAAGCCAAAGAAUUGACGGAAGAGGAGAAGGAAAAACGACGAAACGAGAUUCGCGAGAAUAUUCGCAAAGAAAUGGAAGAGAAAGAGCGAGUGAACGCGAAAAUCCGAGAGAAGCUUGCUGGUAUGGCCGCACGCAAGAAGAGAUUGCAAGAGAUACGAGAGAUGCUCGAGCGAAACGCAAAUGAAAAAGAGGCAAUUGACGCGUUGGUGCCACCAGAAGCUCGAGAAGAGCCAGUCGAAGAAGCUCAAAGCAUUGAUGAUAUUUUUGAGAAUGCCAGAAAUAAUUUGAAUAGCAUUACUGCGAUGCGGGAACGCCUUGAAGAAAUCCAAAAGAACGGCGGUGCCGAUUUGACCGAGAAUGAUAUGGCACUUCUGAGCAAUCUUGAUGCCCAAUUGAAGCAGGAAGACGCGGAAAAUGUCGAGCCAUUGGAACAUGCGAUUCGCGAGUCGUUCAAUUCGGUGUUCGCGUCGAGACCCGUGCCGAUCGGUGUGGAAGCGCGUUUGAUCUCAAUCGAGUCGGCCGUUCUUCGAAGCAACCAAAUGCUCGAGCAAUUACUAAAGCAGAAGCAAGAGCCAGAGCAGCCUCAGCAGCAAUGCGAGCCGGCGGACCGCAUUUGUUCACUAUCACCUGUUGGGCUCCGCGAAUUCGCCGCCCGCCUGCUUCGGCUCGCCGAGCACAAAGAGAGCCGCGUUGGGCAGCCGGCCGACGACAUCACCGCCCAAAUUCGCGAUAUUCUUAAUAAUUCGCAGAUAAUGAUUGAUUUAUAUUCUAGUCUAGCUUUAGUCGCAGUUGUCGCAACUGUUUCAAUCGUAAUUCCUAGUCCACUAUUUUCGAGAAUUCCGAUAUUUAUUAAUUUUCUAUUGAUUUCUGGAGUUAGCGUAGCUGUGUGGGUUUACUCAUUGCUUAUCGAUCGAACAAUUCUUGGAACCGUUGAGGUGCUAGUCGAAAUCGUUGCGGGAACCUCAUGGCGAAGAAUCUAUUUAAUUUUGUUCUGGCUAUUUAACGUCGCAAUCUCUGUCUUAUUCACCGCAUAUGUGACCAAACAAGGCAGAAGCUCUACAAUACAUAGAAAAUUCUUCCAUCUCACCGUUUCUUUGAUCUACACCUCGGGCAUUUUCGUGGAUCCCCAAUUCACGUGGCUUUGCGGCUGGUUGUGGCUAUGCAUUUUCGUGCUAAUCGAGCUUCUCCGCUAUUUCAAUGUUCCACCGUGGGGCGAGCUGCUCAACGAGCACCUGCUUGUGUUCAAAGAUGCUCAGGAUUCAGAGCUCCUACUGACACCAAUAUAUUUGCUGAUUGGCAUCUUCCAGCCGCUAUUCAUUUCCUGCGCGUUCGCAAGCCCGCUGAAACUUCAAAUCCGGCUAACGCUGUUUGCCGGCGUUGCCGCUGUGGGAGUAGGCGAUAGUUUCGCAGCGAUUAUUGGCUCGAAAUUCGGAAUCACCAAAUGGAACAACAGUCAUAAAUCGAUGGAAGGCACCGCGGCAAUGUUCAUUUCGAUGCUUUUCUACCUUCUAGCCAUGAAUUUAUGCGUCGAAACUUCAUCAAAAUCCCUCUCAAUCAUCAUCGCUUCACUUAUUUCGUCAUUAAUCGAGGCAUUCAUCAAUAACUGUGAUAAUAUUCUUCUACCGUUCAUCACUUAUAUCCUUUUAUGA